AUCUAGGAGUCACAGACAUGAUGGGGGUGGGGAGCUCUUUUAUCCAGUCCCAUGACCAACUGUUGGGAAAAUUGCUUAGCAGGAGACUGCAACACAUGUGAUGAAUAUUAAGAUCUCCAUCUUUGUGACGGCUUCCCUUUCAUCAGAAGAAAACCCUGAGGAUUGCCAUAUAGGGGGAGAUUUAUCAAAACUUGUGCAGAGGAAAAGUCCAGUUGCCCAUAGCAACCAAUCAGAUCGCUGCUUUCAUUUUUUUAAAUUAGAGAAAGAAAACAAAUGUGCGCUCCUAGUGUCGAAGUAUUAGGAUGAAGACAGUCUUCUGUGCUCUCUUCUCUAAGCUUUCAAACAUGCAUGAUCACAAUGCAGGCAGCACCAUCUAGAGGUUGUAUGAAGGUAUCAUUUCUAUAUGGCGUCUCAUCUCUGGUACUGGGUCCAUCAGUUUGUGGACUGACCUUCAAUACAAAGCCCAGGGGGAUGAAGAAGAGCUCUUUCUGAUAAAUGAAAUUAACCAUCACGGAGCCAUUUUCCAGUUCACAGACAUGGUGCUGAACGGUAUUAAAGCAGUGUUUUUUGACUUGGACAACACAUUGAUUGACACAUCUGGAGCCAGCAAAAAAGCAAUGGAGAAGGUAUUUAAAUUGUUGAUAGAUAAAAGUCACUUUAGUGAAGAGGAGGCCGGCACUAUAUGUAACAAUUUCCAAACAAAACUUCUCCAUGAAGAUUUUGACUCCUCCAAAAUGACCAUCGAUGACCUCCGGGUUUCACACUUUGAAACAUCCAUGCAGGACAUAAGAUCUGGAGACCAUAGGGAUUUAGCCAAAGAAUGUUAUAAUCUGUGGAAAACAAUCCGUCUACAACUCAUGACACUGCCAGAAAGUACCAAAAACAUGCUGCGUGAACUCCGAAAGUCAGCCAGCUUGGUGCUGCUCACCAAUGGGAACAGACAGGUGCAGAGAGAGAAAAUCGAGGCCUGUGGUGUCAGCCCCUACUUUGAUGCAGUUGUGGUGGGAGGGGAACAUGCUGAAGAGAAGCCGGCACCGUCCAUUUUUCUUCAUUGCUGUGAGCUGGUGCAGGUAAAACCGGAGGACUGCGUAAUGGUAGGCGACAAUCUGGAUACAGAUAUUCUCGGAGGACUGAAUGCUGGACUCAAGGCAACCAUUUGGUUAAAUAAAAAUCCACAUCUAAACAGCGACCCCAAGCCCGCACCUCACUAUGUAAUUAACUGUAUUACUCGCCUUCCGGAGGUUCUACAGAAUUUACAGUAGCUUACAUACUAAAAUGGGGGCAAGUAGGUGUACACUUGAACAUCCUUAAAGGGGUGAUCUAAGAUUAGAUAGUCAGAGCCAAUUUCUUCCAAAAAACAGCACCACACUCGUUUUCAGGUUGUGUGGGGUAAGAACACACACAACCUAAGGACACGUGGUGCUGUUUCUACAAGAAAUAACCCCCUUUAAAGGGGUAUUCCGGGCAAAAACAUCAUAAGAUGUCUGAUCGCGGGGAACCCUCUGCUGAGACCCCCCACAAUCUCCCUGCAGCACCCGCAUUCUAUGCGGGGACUGUGUCUCUAGUUUCGGGUUUCCAGGACUGGGGACCCUUUGGAUAGGGGAUUAAAUGUUUUUGCCUGGAAUACCCCUUUAAGUUAUCCAGGAAAUGUUGACAUAUCCUAGGGACAUGUAAAAAGCUUUUAACGACCUGGGACUGAGAGUGCAGAGCCCGCUUCUCUCUGUUCUAUGUCCUACUGAAGGGAACAAAACUGUUGAAAAGUCAAAGUUUAGCAAUAAAAGACAGUUUUAUACGGAAUGGUAGAUCCCAGAUUAUUGAAAAACAAAAAGGACCUGUCUCCACUCUUGAAAAGAACCAGUACUAGUAGAUACUAUUUCCGGCAGCUUCCAUAGAGAAUGAAUAUGGCAUGACCACUCCAUUAUAACAAGAGACUCCAGUCCCUGUUAUGGAGAUUGCAGGGGGGCCCCAGCGAUCACUGUGAUCAGAUAGUUAUCUUGUCAAUAGGGGAUAACUUUGCCAGUUAGAAUAAAUCUUUAGGGUCUAUUCACACGUACAGUAUCCUGCGCAUAUUUGAUUUUAUGCUUCAGAUUUCAGUGCAAACUAAAUAACUGUACAGAGUAUCAAAUCUGCAGCUUCAAAUCCUGUGCAUCAAAUAUGGCCAGGAUACUGUACGUGUGAAUACGUGAAUGGGGUGAGUGUUGUUUUAUCAGAUCAGAACUGGGACUUUUACAUAAGUACUUGCUAGUAGAGAUGAGCGAAUUUACAGUAAAUUUGAUUCAUCACGAACUUCUCGGCUCGGCAGUUGAUGAC